AUGGAAAAUAAGGAAAAGCUUCCAUGGGAUUUGGUGGGAGAGAUCCUAUCUCGUGUCCCUCCUACUUGUCUUCUCCGAUUCAAAACUGUUUGCAAACAAUGGAAAGCUCUCUUCAACGACAAAACGUUCAUCAACAACCACAAGAUGACGUUUCGUUUCGUUUUACUAAGUAGUGGAAAGAUUUAUUCAGUAAGCGUCAAUCCCAAGGUAGAGGUUCGUGAGUUAACCUUAAAUACUCCCGAUUUGAAAUCAAAAGUACCUCAAAGCUUGAUUGCUACAAAUGGAUUCUUGCUUUGUGCAAAGGACAAAAGAGCCGUGGUUUGGAACCCUUGGUUAAGACAAAUUAGAUACAUCCACCCUGAGCUUAACAACCCUAGGUUAAAGUUUCUUGCCAUAUGUUAUGAUAAUAAUAGGAGAGUUGAUGACGAAAUUGUUUACAAGACUCUUUCGAUUUCCCGUAAGGGCUUCUUCUUCGAAGAAACAACAUAUGCAACACUAUUGCCUAGUCCUAGUAGUAGUCCUAUUCCCCGGGAAGAAAUGGUUAGAUAUAACUUUACAAGUGUUGUAUCUUUGAAUGGAACUUUGUAUUGGGUUGCUUUCUAUGACGAGACUCAUGUCACUUAUCCCUUGUCGUUCAUCGUAAUUAACUUCACUUUUUCGAGUGAAAAUUUCUCGAAAUUUUGUGAUCUACCAUGUGGAAAGAACCAUCUUCGCGAUGCUCUUGUCCUUGGGGUUUUUAGGGAAGAUCGGUUAUCGUUGUUUAAGCAGUGCUAUGUAACAAAGAAGAUUGAGGUUUGGGUGACCAAGAACAAGGUUGAUGAUAGGUAUGGUAUGGAUGUGAAAUGGACUAGUUUCAUGGAGGUGUCAGUGCAUACCAUUCCAGAUUUAGUAAAGACCGAACCCUACCUUCAGUCUCAGCCAAGUUACUUCAUCGACGGUAAAAGGCUCGUCAUUUGUUCUUGCGAUGAAACUGGUCAGGCUUGGAUCUAUGUUGUGGGGGAAAACAGGUUGAUCAGUAAAACUAAAUUGGAUUCUAUGGUUGAGUGUUGGCCACGGCAUUGUACCUAUUUUCCUAGUUUGGUCUUGAUUCCUGGAGGUAAAAGUGAGGAUGCAUAACCAGAAAGCAGUUUUGUUCUUUGGUAUCUUGCGUACACAAGAAGCAAAAUUGCAAGUUAAAUUUCCUUAUGUUCGGUCUCUUGUUUGGUUGAGCUUUUUUGUUUUCUUUUAUUUAUUUUUUCUGUAGUUCUUAUUAUGUUUGUUUGUCCUUUUUUAUCUCGACCUUGGAUCUGCCUUAAGUUAUUGUUUGGUUGUUAUGGAAACCAAAGUUCUCCAAUGCAAUGGAGAAUGUUCUUUCUUCUCAUUUUUUAUA